GAUGCCAAGACUCCAUCGGUGGAAGCUCCGUUUGCUCCACUAUUUCUUUCAAGUUAGCCGUUAGUGAUGAUGAGGAAGGGUUUGGGAAUGAGGAUGAGCAGGUAUACUAUAGGGCCUUAGAGCAUAUAGGUGUUCAAAUGCCUGAGUGUGAGACUAAGAAGGAGGUUCCAGGGGUGACAUGGGAUCAGGAGAAGAGGGAUGCUAUUACAAUGAAAGUGGCAAGCCUGCUUGAUAGUAUACAGCGUGCAGAACCACCUGCCAUUGGUGGGGUAGUGGUGACCAGUUCAAUGGUAGUCUCGUCUGGGGCUGCUCUGGCGAAGGUGCCAGUUGUGGAGGCUAGUUCGAUUGAAAUGGAUAUCCCUGAUGUGAAGUCGGCUGCAACAUAUGUGCGGAAUCCGUCAGCUGCAACACAUGUCCGGGUGACACUGCAUGCCAAGGAGUUGGAAAUAGGUCAAGUGGAUUCAAGUGAGAAUCCGUCAGCUGUAUCUGAACUUGUUGCUGGAUAUGAAUUAAAAUCUCCUGGGGUUGGGAGUCUGAUAUCCCCCAUAUCAGAGAUGACUGACUUGAAUGAGCUUACUCUGUCACCUCAUUGUGGUUUGAUCAUAAAACAAAUUUCAAGCAAGUAUGGAGAUAUCACUAAGGGGAGCAUACUGAAGAGUAUGGCUGCUAAAUUUCCAUUUUUGCAGUUAGUAGCACAUACAGUGCAUCAAUUGUCCAACCAUACCCAAGACACCUUAGGUUCCAAUGAACUGGAACUCAUACAGACAUGGACAGCUGAUGCAGCAGCUGUUGGAUUUCAGGUGGACUGGUUACAACAAAGGGUUAACCAAGUUACUGCAGCUACCAAAUACCAUGGUCAUCGUAUGGAGUUGGAUGAGUUAGGGAAACAGAUAGAUGCUACAAUAAAAUGUCUGAUGGAGAUGGAGUUGCGAGAAAUUGUUUGUAAGGAGGAGUUAGCUUCCAUAAAGGCUGAAAUGGAAGGGAACGAUUUCAGUGGAUCAAUUCUCAGUACAGGGCUAUUAUGA